AUGAAGGUAACGGAAAAGACCUACGAGGAAAUAAUCACGGCCUUGUCUGAUCAUUUCGCACCUCGUACGUCAGAGGUCGUUUCCCGAAGUUUUAUCGGCGGGACCAGCAGCCCGAGGAAUACAUUUCCGUCUACAUCAAAGAGCUACGCCAGUUGGCCGAAAGCUGUGGAUUCGAUAACUUUGAGAUUAUGUUGCGUGAUAGACUCGUAUGCGGCGUGCGCGAUGACGGGCUUCAACGACGACUGCUCGCGGAAGAAAACAUUACCUUCAAAAAAAGCGCAUGAUAUGUGCCCUGCUCACGAGGUGGCAGCACGCAUCCUUGCAAUCAUCAAAGAAGGCGGCGGACAAUCAGCUGAUGUACAUGACGUAAACGCACGCGAAAAGGUAAACAAAGACCCCUCGAAGCUGAAAACAAGCGUUUCCCGAGUUUCCAAAAGGUGUUUUCGCUGCGAAGAAAAGCACUCACCAGACUCGUGUGUCUACAAAAACGCAAAGUGCAAAUUUUGCGGCAAAAUAGGACACGUAGAACAUGCAUGUUUCUCAAAGAAAAAACAUUCAAAACAAAAACCAAAAGUGAACCAACAAUCUAGUGAAAGCAAUUUCAAAAACGUGCCACAAAAUGAGCACAGUUCGGAAGACCAGGUGUACCAUUUUUCGCUUAACAAUGUGAAAUGGGACAGCAUCACUGGGACAAUCCUCCACAAGUGAAGCCAUGUAACUUAAUUCUACUAGAUUACCAAAACCAGCUAAUUUCGACAAUUGGCGAGUGUUACGUGAACGUACAACGGGGACAAAAAAGUGCUACCCUUCCAGUUAUUGUUACUGA